UCUAGCCACCAGAAAAAAAAAAAAAAAAUUCCAACGAGGAGAUUUAUUUAUUCAUAUUUAAAUAAAAUCCAUGUUACACGGUUCGUCUUUCUGGCUCUUACACGGUUGCACCUCAUCGCUUUUCCAUAACGUCCACCAUUACCACCGCUUUUCCUCAUCUUGCGACUGUUCAACUCAAAAACGUCGAACAUUGGUGACGCCUUCGUCACCUAUCCUCUAGAUUCGUCACUUUGAUUCCUUCUAUUCCAAAAUCCAAAUCUAAAUAAAAGUCAUUCUGUUUCACUGUUCCCCUCCCUCUCUCUCGCCCCCACGCUUCUCCUUAUACUCCUUUCUCUGCAUGAACAUUCUCUUGUCGCCAUAAGUACCGCUAUUUUCUUAUUAUGCACAUGCUCUCUUCGCGAUUUUCUACACACUCUUCGUCGGAUUCUCUCUCCCUCUAGAAUUCUCCAUCUCUGCUAUUUCCAUCUCCAAUGGCGAUUCUCGACUCGCCGGAGAAUUUAACUGCUACUACUUCCACUGCUGCUCCUGAUAUCACUGAGUCCUCCUCGGAUCUUAACCUCUCGCUUCGACGGAGGCGGAGCUCCUCCAACUCGGCUGGAGCGGUCGCUGAAUUGUCUUCGAAUAUUGAUCAGCUGGAAUCUGAUGUUGGAGGCGAGAUGAUGAUGGAUCCGGGACCUGUGGAGGAAUCGGAAGCUUUGAAAAGUAAUGGAAAAGAUUGUGGCCACGACAAGGAUAAGGUUGAUAAUCGUGAGAAUCGUGGAGGGUCGGAUAUUAAAUUUACGUAUCGGCCAUCUGUGCCUGCUCAUCGGGUGCUCAAGGAGAGUCCACUGAGCUCUGAUUUAAUAUUUAAACAAAGUCAUGCAGGUCUCUUCAACCUCUGUAUAGUAGUGCUUGUUGCUGUUAACAGCAGGCUCAUCAUUGAGAAUCUAAUGAAGUAUGGUUGGUUAAUUAAAACUGGGUUUUGGUUUAGUUCAAGGUCAUUGAGAGAUUGGCCCCUUCUAAUGUGCUGUCUUACUCUCCCAAUUUUCCCUCUUGCUGCCUAUCUAGUAGAAAAGUUGGCAUAUCGAAGAUAUAUAUCUGAACCUAUUGUUGUUUUCUUUCAUGUGCUCAUCACCUCAGCAGCAGUUUCAUACCCUGUUUCUGUGAUUCUCAGUUGUGAAUCUGCUGUUUUAUCUGGUGUCACAUUGAUGCUCUUUGCUUGUAUUGUGUGGUUGAAAUUGGUAUCUUAUGCACAUACAAACUAUGAUAUGAGAGCUGUUGCCAACUCAGUUGAUAAGGGGGAUACACUAUCCAAUACUCUCAAUGCAGAUUAUUCUCAUGAUGUUAGCUUCGAGAGUUUGGUUUACUUCAUGGUUGCUCCCACUUUAUGUUACCAGCCAAGUUACCCUCGCACAGCUUCUGUUCGAAAGGGUUGGGUGGUUCGUCAAUUUGUCAAGUUAAUAAUAUUUACAGGAUUCAUGGGAUUUAUCAUAGAACAAUAUAUCAAUCCUAUUGUCCAGAAUUCACAACAUCCUUUAAAAGGGGAUCUCUUAUAUGCCAUUGAGAGGGUUUUGAAGCUUUCAGUUCCAAAUUUAUAUGUGUGGCUCUGCAUGUUCUACUGCUUUUUUCAUCUAUGGUUAAAUAUACUUGCUGAGCUCCUUCGCUUUGGUGAUCGAGAGUUCUAUAAAGAUUGGUGGAAUGCAAGAACAGUUGAUGAGUAUUGGAGAAUGUGGAAUAUGCCUGUUCAUAAGUGGAUGGUUCGGCAUAUCUACUUUCCCUGCUUACGGCAUAAAGUACCAAAGGGGAUAGCCUUGAUUAUUGCCUUUUUCGUUUCAGCUGUAUUUCACGAGCUGUGCAUUGCUGUUCCUUGCCACAUGUUCAAGCUCUGGGCUUUUAUUGGAAUAAUGUUUCAGAUUCCUUUGGUCGUGAUAACAAGUUAUCUCCAAAACAAGUUCAGAAGUUCAAUGGUGGGAAAUAUGAUCUUCUGGUUCAUAUUCUGCAUUCUUGGUCAACCCAUGUGUGUGCUGUUGUAUUACCAUGACCUGAUGAAUCGGAAAGGUAGCACUGAAACAAUAUGAAACUGACUCAUUGUGUGCGGAAGGGAUCACUCAUGGAUAUAUAAUUUUCUUGGUUGAGACUUGACUGCUACACUGAUCUUAUGACGAUCCAUUGAGACAGGAGGUUGAUAUGUACAACCAAAUUUUGAAAGCGUAAUCAGUCUCAGGGACUAGUGCCCUGUUGUAGUAGUAUCUUGUUCAGAGACGAUGUUAAUUAUUAAGAGAAAAUUGUAUGUGUCAA